CACGUCAACAACAACAACAACUCGCACCGUGGUCGUCGGUGACAACAAAUACUUGUCAGGCUUGAGGUUUCUCUCUUGGAUUGAUGAAAUGGAUGAAAAGGAUAGACAAACUCUUAACGACAAUUUAUCCAAAUUGUCAGUAAACUGCAAUUUUGAUUACGUCUUAGGUUGUCUGGAGAACCUAUUUACUGAGAGACAGCUGCAAAUGUACCGGAGUGAAUCUUUCAUGAAAAAAACUGAAGAAUUGAAAUGUCAGUCGUUAUUUGAAGAUAUUCAAACUCGAGGGCCAAACGCCUUCAAGGAUCUCUUACAGUGUUUUAAGAAUACGGGUCAUUUAACUCAAUAUAUGAUAUUGACUGGCUUUCACAGUGGUAAAACCGAUACGGAAUCAAGAGAUGAACAGGAGAAAGUAAAAAAGUCUCGCACAAUCCAACGUCCAAGCCAAUCUGUUUAUAAGAUGACAUCAGACCCAAGAGGCUAUUUCAUAUUUAUCAACAAUAUCAAAUUUCAGAAACUUGAUGAAAGAAAAGGAGCACAUUUAGAUAGGGCAUUUGGAAAUCUCUUGAUAGAUAUGGGCUAUGUAGGUACAUACCACCAAAAUCAGACCAAGAAGGAUAUGCGGCGCUUGCUCAAAGAAUUCGCCGCCAAAGAAGAUUUAUCAACAGUUGAUUCUCUAAUUGUAGCAAUUUCAAGUCAUGGUAAAGUUAAUGACUCAAUGGAAUUGAUGAUUUGUUCAUCUGAUGAUUUAGACGAAUCGGAUCCAAUCCUUGUGAAUGAGGUCAUUUCAUUGUUUGAUUGUUGCAAGUUACCUCAAGGACAACCAAAAAUAUUUUGUAUCAAUGCAUGCAGGGAUGAUAAAGAUGGACGCACUGAAAUUAUUCAUAGGCGAAAUAUGUGGUUGGAUACUUUCUUUCUGGCUCCAUGUUUUGAAGGAACAACUGCAAAUAGGUUUGAAGAAUAUGGUUCUUGGCUGUUCAUGGCUCUCAUUGAGGUCUUUAAAGAACAUGCAUGCGACAAAGACCUGGAUCAAAUGAAAAACCUGGUAAACUCCAAUUGCAUCAAGUUGUUGAGACUGUUUUUCUUUUUAAAGCAGUUUAAGUUAUGUUCAAACCUUUUUCAGAUCAAUGAUAAAUUUGAAGAAUAUUAUCAUCAUUCUCAUAAAAUACAAACACUUUCAUUCUACAAAUAUGGAGUAAGCAAACGAUUGUUCUUUAAUCCUGGCCUGUAUGAUCAAGGAGCGGCAGCAGCAUCAUAAAAAUUUCAACAAGUCUCUCCAAAGGUUUUGGAGUCUGAACAAGUAGGACGUACUGAUCAAGCCUCAAAUACAAAAUCGAAGUACUGCAUAUGGGGUGAUAUGUUUCAACUCACAUUUCAAAAAUGUUUUCAAUAAUUUAAGGUUUACUAGAAUCAGGGAUUGUGUACAGUUGUCUUUAAACAAUGCUAUUAUUUACAUAGUUUAUUUUUCACAGUGUUUAACUAUAAGAUAUAUAUGUAUAUAUAUUUAUGGAUAUAUACAUUAAAUUUUUUAAACAGAA